UCCUAGAAGAAAGGGUUAGAGGCAAGGGGGGGUGGCGCUUUGUCCUGCUGCGGGCCUGUGUGUCCAGUUUGCACGUCAAGUACAGACUGAGGCAGGUGGAUUGUACUCUGCAUGACCUGAAGCAAGAAGGGAAGACCCAGGGGAGUGGAAAUCCAACGUCACUUGCCCGACUUAACCAGUCAUUCUUGCUCCCGGGGUGAAUUCAUUUGGGAAGGGCAGAGGGAUGGAUGGGGAGGUAGGGUAGACAAUCUGGCCCAGGCAGCAUAGCUGACAGCUGUAGCAGAGGAGAAGCAGACCACUCCCCAAGAGAGUCCAACCCUUUUAUAAUUGCUAGUUGGGGAAAGGUGACAGGCAAGCCUUGGGCAAAGGUGGAUGUUGAGAGAAGGGUGUGACAGGGACAGGACCCUUGUGAGUAGUGGACAAGGCUAGGCAAGGAAAUGAGGUGUCAUGAUGUAGAUUUGGGGAUCUUGACACGGGCCUAGAAAAGGCCUGAAAGUCAUGGGGCUGAUGGGCCAGAAAAUCACUGGGAAAAAAUGCACCCCCUGGGUAUCGGUGCCCUGAGGCCCAAGUUGCCUUGCCCUAAUUGUAGCUCAUGGGAUCACAGACUUAUCCAGUUAGACUUGUAACAGCCAUUGGUCCAUCACAGUUUGAGAUGCCCUGAUGGUCAGCUCAGCCUUGGUUCUGGGGCCCAUGGAGAGAAGGACGCCUUUGUGCUAUCUAGACCCAAUCGUGGGGUCUAGGCUGGCCUAGAUCCUAGAGAGCUCUCCCCAUUGUAGCUCCAAGAACUAUUUCUCUUUUUGUCAUGGAAGAAGGAACUGGGGGCAGCCCUGAUCUCAAGCCAGGGCUCUUAGGGGGUCUCAUUUGUUAAUGCCCCUCCCUCCCAUACACUAUUGCUCUUAAUCCACCCACCUAAACAUCGGACAAAGAUCAGGACUCCCAGCCUGAGGGCAAGGUUCAAAGAAGGUAGAUUUCCCAGCUUGCACCACUUCCUUAAUAGAACAUUGGCUGGGCUGGGAGUCAGAAGACCCCAAUUCUACUCUGGUUCCAAGACUGACUUUAGGGAGGACACGGAGGUUGGAGCUGCUCCCUGGGGAGGUCCAGGCCAACUUACUCCUUUCAGCUCUGGAGGGGGUAGAAGCACGUGCAUCCCGGGGACUUCUCUGACCUGCCCUGCUCUCAGAAAGGACAAUGGGAUUGUAGGCAGAGGAGGCAGGAGGUUCCCAGCCUGCUGCUACACUGUCUGGGAUGAUGGAUGGCCAAGGGCUCCCCAGUCAUCCUCAGUCCAUGGGUUAUCACUUGCCCCACUUGGGGGAGAAUCUUCAGCCAGUCUCUGGAGAACCCCCAAGGGGAGUCUAUGAGCCUGCAGAGGUUCCUGGACCUUGCAUGGACCAAACCUGGGUUUUUGGUCCAGCAAACCAAGAUGUUUCCAGUGCUAACAACAGCCCACAGAUGUUACCUCUUGCAGAACACUACCUUAGAUCAAAUAGGGAUGCCUCACCCAGUUCUCCAAGAGAACGCCGUCACUCCGGGAGAGACAGCCAGAACAACUCCACCCAGGUCAUGUUCUGGGCUGGCAUCCUCCAGGCCCAGAUGUGCGUCCUUGACCUGGAAGAAGAGCUGGAAAAGACAGAUGUGUUCCGAGAAGAGCUAAGGCGCUGCAUACCUUCCCCCAUAGAGCCCCCAAGCUUCUCCCCACGUGGGCAAAAUUCCCAAGACCAGGGCAUCGACUCUGGGGAAGACAGCAGCGGGCCGGAGGAGGAGCCCCGAGAGUUUCCCCAGGACCAGCCCCUCAGUUCUCCUGUGGAGUGGGGGGAAGAGGAGGAGAGUUUGUUCUUUGACAAUCCUCUCUUCCUAGAGAGCCCCACCUCGGUCACUAGUGCUCAUGAAGAGCCUUGUUGGAGCUUCGCAGUACUGGAGGGAGAAGAGAGGAGUGAGCAAGAGAGGUUCGAACCAGAGAUUCAGUGGACCCAGACAUCCCUGCUCAAGGGAGAAGAGGACUCUCGGAACCUAGAGAAUAAGCCCGAGUCAGUGGCUGGGGUAGCUGAUCCUGACAGAGAGCCUGACCCCUUGUACCCGGUGCCAACCUAUAAACUGCAUUAUCAGUGCUGGGCGAAACAGGAUUGUCCCAGUGUGCCUGCCUCCGUCUCCAGUCCCGUGAUGGUGGAGGAGACCUUGUCGGUCCAGGACAGCCACGCACACCAAUGGAGCACAGAGCUUCCCUCCAGUGUGGACAAGCAACUGCUCAGCCUGGAGGAGAGAGGUCCAGGUGAAAGCAAUGCUGAGCCAACUUGCCUUUUGGCUCCAGGCCCCUGGGCACCACCUGACUCAUUUCAGGAGCCUGGCAGCCUAAGAAUUGGUGUCGGAGGUCUCAGUGCUCACUCCAGUUCCAGCCCCAGCCCCAGUCCUAGCCCUAGUCUGACCCCCAGCCCUCUGCAGCCACUGGAGGGGAGUUUUCACCGUGACAGUGCCUUCCCUGAGGGCAGAAUGCUGGCUGCCGCCUCCUACCCUUCGUCCCUGGAGAAGGAGGAAGCAGAUCCUGGUUUCCUGAAGACAAGUGAGCCCCUGCCCCUAGGGAAGACAGUGGAGAGCCAAGAGGAAAUCAAGGUAGAAGUGGCCGGGGAGGCCCAGCAGGAUGUCAGCCCAGCACCCCCCAACACCAGAGAACAUCUUAAAAGCACCGAGUCCCAAACAGAGCCCCAGGAAGAAGGGCAGAGACCAGAGGCUAAAGACAAGGUUGCCAAUGGGGUCAGCUCUGACCAAGUAGCUUGGAAACUGGCUUCGCGCCUCUACCAUCUGGAUGGCUUCCGGAAAUCCGAGGUGGCCGUGCACCUUCAGAAGAACAAUGACUUCAGCAGGGAUGUGGCUGAGAAGUACCUGUCCUUCUUCCAAUUUAAAGACAAGAGCUUGGACCAAGCCCUUCGGGGCUUCCUCCAGGCUCUGGUGUUGAGUGGGGAGACUCAGGAGCGAGAGAGAAUCCUCUAUCAGUUCUCCAAGCGUUUCCACCAUUGCAACCCUGGGGCCUUCCCAUCAGCAGAUGCUGUCCACACCUUGACUUGUGCACUAAUGCUCCUUAACACAGAUUUGCAUGGACAGAACAUUGGCAGGAGCAUGAGCUGCCAGGAGUUCAUAACCAACCUGAAUGGCUUGAGGGAUGGUGGGAACUUCCCCAAAGAGCAGCUAAAGACACUCUACUGGUCUAUCCGCAGUGAGAAGCUGGAGUGGGCAGUGGACGAAGAGGAGGAGGUAGCCAUGAAACCCAUGAAGCACAGGCCAUCCAUUUCAGGCAGCCAGAAGAGACGCAACACCUUCAUUCAGAUUACGCAAGAUCCUACCGUACCCACCUACAAGCAAGGGCUGCUGGCUCGAAAGAUGCACGCUGAUGUCGAUGGAAAAAAGACUCCCUGGGGGAAGCGUGGCUGGAAGAUGUUCCACACCCUACUUCGAGGGAUGGUGCUCUACUUCCUGAAGGGAGAAGAGUCCUGUCCAGAAGACUGGCCCACAGAAGGGCCCAUGCCGGAGGAAGCUGUGGGGGUACACCACGCACUGGCUGUCCCAGCUGUCCAUUACACCAAAAAACCUCAUGUCUUUCAACUGCGCACAGCUGAUUGGCGCCUCUACCUCUUCCAUGCCCCAACUGCCAAAGAGAUGACUUCUUGGAUUGCCCGGAUCAACUUGGCCGCUGCCACCCACUCUGCACCACCCUUUCCUGCUGCCGUGGGCUCUCAACGGAAAUUUGUCCGACCCAUCCUCCCCACUGGCCCAGCCCGGAGCUCCCUGGAGGAGCAACACCGAUCCCAUGAGAACUGUUUGGAUGCUGCCUCUGAUGACCUAAUAGAUCUGCAGAAAAGCUUGCCUGAGCGGAGAGGCCGGAGCCGAGACUUGGAGGAGUACAGGCUCCGGAAGGAGUACCUGGAGUAUGAGAAAACUCGUUACGAGACCUACAUCCUGCUGCUGGUGGCCCGCCAGCGCUGCCCCUCCGAUGACUUGGACCUAUGGGAGAGCCGGCUGGCGCAGGAGGCCGAGGGCACCUGGGAACCAGAGCCUAACCUCAAGAAGUCCCAUUCUAGUCCCUCCCUGCACCAGGAAGAGGCCCCCACCACAGCCAAGGUGAAGCGGAACAUUUCUGAGAGAAGGACCUAUCGUAAGAUCAUACCCAAGAGAAACCGAAACCAGUUGUGAAGCUGGGAGCCAGACAAGGCCCCUGCCAGGGCCGAACCCAGGAAUGGAUGCCUCACAAUGGGGAUAAAUGCCUCCCUCAGUCCAGUCUGCGCCUCAGGGCUGAGCAGGUCCUGACCCCUGCUGGACUCCACCCCUUGCAGGUGGCUCAUUCUUUCAAGGAUGGAUGGAGGUAGCCCCCAAUUCCUCCCUUCCCCUUUUUCAUCUGUUUUUUUUUCCUUCCCCUUCCUUCCCCCUCCUUCCAACUCUGUCCUCCAACCAGCUUCACUGAAGUCACCAAAUUUCCCCAGCCUUCAACCUCCAAUCACAUCCCUCACCCCCAGCCUCCCAGAGGGAGAAGAGGUAAAAGUGUAGAGAUGAGCCCCACUUCCCCCACCUGCCAGAGAAGUCAUGCUUGCUUGUUGGAGGGCAGGGGGAGACAGAGAAGAGAUAGACCUGGGCUUCUCCCCUGACCUGAUAUGGGACAACGUAUUAUCACCCCUUAUUUCUAAAACCCACUGGACUAGAUACCCUCUAUAAUCACUUCCAGUUCUGGAGUGCUAUUGGCCCCCUAGAGUGCUGUCUCUCAUACAGAGCACCAGAACCAUAGAGGUCCAGAGAAAAGGGUGUUGAAGGUUCAGAUCUGGAGAGACCAGGCUGUCUGCUUAGAAAAGCCCCUGAGGGGUUGGGGGUGGGACAAGCUCUAGGCAGUCCUCGAUCCUGGAGGAAGCUAGGAACCCCUGAGCCCUUGUAUGUGUGUGCUAGCUUACAGAGCUCUCUGGGUCAGCCUGACAAAAGGUGUGGGCCUCCUCUCUCCCCCUGCUCUCCCCACCCCACCCAGCUUUGUGGGAGCCUGGCAUCAGCAGGUGUCCCAGGACUGAGCCUGGCAGAGCAACACUUUCCCCAAAAGUCCCAGCCCCUCCUCCUCCUUAUUGACCCUCCCCCUCCUUAUUGACCCUCCCCCCUUCCCUGGCUCUGCCAGCUGGAAGAGGCCUCUGGCUUGAACACCCAUUCAGUGAUCAGCUAAGCAGAGCCAAGUGUCAGAGUGUGGCAGGAAGGGGGUAGAGGAACCUUCCGCUCUCAAGAGAGAAACUCCAGGGCUGAGGAUAGAGACCUGGCACUCCGGAACAAGUGGCCUUUGUUUCUCAAGGAGCAGGAUAGAGGGUCUCAAUGCUGGACUCUUCCUCCCCCUCCCCCUCCCCCAGCCCCAGUCCCGAAGAGUAGGUGGGGAGGUGUGCACAGGGGUGAUGACUCCUCUAAGGGGCAGCAGAGAGCAGAACCCCUUCUUACAGCAUGCCAGGGCCUGGGUACCCCAACUGCCUAGGAUUCCAGCCCAGUUUCCCCCAGGCAGCAGAAUCACUCUCUGAGCAGCUGUGCAAUGGGGAUGAUGGCUUAGAUGAAAGAUGGCAAGCUCUGGAAAUUCUUAUGAGCUCAGAGCAUACAUAGUAUCUUCUCAUCUUUACCUCCUAGCCAUGAUCUUGAUUGCCCUGAGCCCGAUUGCCUACCAGGACCACCCUGAGAUAUACAGCCCUCUGGAAACCCAGGGAAAAGUGUCUUCUCCCUCUGUCUCCAGCAGAAGGAGCAGCAGCCCUGGCCUGGCAGAGCCCCCUUUCCUUGGUUCUGGGGGAUGGAUUCUGGCUCCUGGUGUCUCCAAAAGGUCCCCAGGGGAAUCCCCCAGAAAUGCCUCUGGCUCCCCAGAACCCGCGCUGCUCUGGUUUAUUCUGGUCUUUCCUGGAGAGGUGCAAUGACUGUGUCAGCACAUGUGGGAGGCCAAGGCCACGGCAGAGAGAGGGAAGGGAGAGGCUCUCAUUGUCUCUGCUCAGCCAAGUGAACCAGCCAGCAGGGAAGACUCACCCUCCAACCCGCAUUCCCUGGCUCUCCCCACAGCCGUACUUGGGCCUCACUGCCUCUGUGUUGUUCCUGUUCUCAACACCCUUGAGAGCACAGGCUUCCAAACGGCAGGGGCUGUAUCUUCAUUGUGUCUUUUGAACUCCUCCUGGCUCCAGGAAGGAGCAAUGUCGUGCACCCAAUGGGUGCUCAGUAAAUAGAAGUUAACGAGUGAUGAA